CAGCUGGUUGUUAGUGGAGCUGCAGCUGUCUGAUGCUGCUGUGAUCUCACAGUUGUCGCUGUGCAGUGGAGGGUUUUUUUUUCUGUGUGCAGCCAACCGCAAGAAAUGGAUGUGUUUCUAAUGAUUCGACGUCACAAGACGACCAUCUUCACAGAUGCCAAAGAGUCGACCACAGUCUAUGAGCUGAAGCGCAUUGUGGAGGGCAUUUUAAAGAGGCCACCUGAAGAUCAGAGGCUUUAUAAGGAUGACGUGCUGCUUAACGACAGUCAAACUCUUGGAAAUUGUGGCUUCACAAAUCAAACAGCCCGACCUCAGGCUCCAGCCACAGUGGGAUUAGCUUUCCGUCUGGGUGAUGAUUCAUUCGAGCAGCUGAGGAUUGAGCCGUUCUCCACUCCCCCAGAGCUCCCCGAUGUCAUGAAGCCCCAGGAUUCAGGCAGCACAGCCAAUGAGCAGGCUGUCCAGUGAGGGAGGGGGCGGGUAGACGCGAGGGCCACGUUAGGGGGUCGGAGGGAGGACACACGGGGGGAGGGAGGGGUUGGAUUUUUGGGAAGCGAUGCCUCAGCGGGUGAAGUUUUAUCUUGCCGACGACUGAUCUUCAGCUGGGCACAAACGAUUACAAACACGGAUUCCCCUUGUUGUAAAUGUGAGGGUGCUUCAAAGUGGUUCAUUUGUCCUGAAAUCGGCGAACGCAUGCUAGUAAAAUUGAUAAUUUCGCAACAAGACCCUUCAGAGAUACCUGACGGACUUGUCACGACACUGUCAGUCAUCCAUGGGAUUGGUAAAGGCUGAACUUAAAGAAUUGUACCUCGUAUUUAAUGAAUUCUAGUCUUUAUUUGGGGUAAGGUUGAUGCUGCCUUACUUGUGUUCUUUUACUUUGCUGGCUUAAAAAGUGGGAGUUGAUAAGGUGUGACAUUUUUAGGCUUUUAUGUUUGUGUGUUUCUUUAUUAAACUUACUAGGAUUAACAUGUUUUUUGGUCUUUGGCCUGGAUAUGUGUUGCGACAAUAGCUAGGAGUUUGUGAAUUUCUAAGUUACUAUCUGUAUUUCAAGGAACUUUUGAACAAUAUUAUUCUAAAAUAAAAAAAUAGAUUCACUUGUUGGCAGAUGAUUCGGUAUUAAGACGAACAUUUCUUGGUACUUUACUAUCAGAAGUUGGCGACACUGAACGCACUCAGUCGUGAGUUACUAACUUGGACCUGAUGUUAAAAAAUGUAAUGACUGACAGGCACAGCAUCAAUGGAAUAUUAAUUGGAGUAUUGAUUAUUUUUACCUUACUUACAGUAGUGGGGGACUAAUCAAAUUUCCUUUCCAGUGUUUGAUUGUAGCUCAUCAUGUCUUGAGUAUUAAAUAGGUGGCCUGAAUUGUUUAAAGUAAGCAUUAAACAAUUUUAAAGUUAGAAGUAAUGUUGAGCUGUGCCUGCCAGUAGUAGGCUGCACAUUUGACGCUGCAUUAUCCCAGAAUCACUGGUUUAUUUCAUGCUGCAGUUAAUGUUGUAUUAUACACCAUCAAUACCUUAAUACACAUAGUUUUCUGAAAUUGAAAGGUGAAUUAACAAAUGGAACACUUCUGCACAUCAAAACUUCAAAUUAAGGUGUAAUACUAGGUCUCUUGAUCUAGAAACUAAAAAAAUAAAAAUAAAAAAAAAACAUUAUUUACCACAGGGAAUGGAUAUUCUGACCUGGGGGUGUUGAAUGAAAUUGUUUAAUGUUGCAUUUAAAAAAAACAUGUUUGCAAAUUGAGGCUGUUAAACAGUGGGACAUGAUCAAAGUUGCACUUGUAACUGAUUUAACAUUAAAACAAUUGUUUUUCA